AUGGCAAGAACUAAACAAACAGCAAGAAAAUCCACAGGAGGAAAGGCCCCAAGAAAACAACUCGCAUCCAAGGCAGCAAGAAAAUCAGCCCCAGUAUCCACUGGAAUUAAAAAGCCACAUAGAUAUCGUCCAGGAACUGUUGCUUUAAGAGAAAUUAGAAAAUUCCAAAAAUCUACUGAUCUUUUAAUUAGAAAAUUACCAUUCCAAAGAUUAGUAAGAGAAAUUGCACAAGAAUAUAAAACUGAUUUAAGAUUCCAAUCUCAAGCAGUUUUAGCUUUACAAGAAGCAGCAGAAGCUUACUUAGUAGGACUUUUUGAAGAUACUAACUUGUGUGCAAUUCAUGCUAAGAGAGUUACCAUUAUGCCAAAAGAUAUCCAAUUGGCUAGACGUAUCCGUGGAGAAAGAUCAUAA